CAGUGCUGCAGAUAGGGGCUGCCAACACAUGCGGCGCGUCUGCAGGUGAAGGAACAUGCUGAAUGUGCUGGACACACAGUGAGGAAUUCAACCACAGCUGUAUCGGACAUAUCUUUCCUGAAUUUCUCUCUCUCUCUCCUUUUUAAAUACAAAACCCAGAUUGUUUUAAGGAGAUUGCGCGUUGUGGACUUGGCACUAAGAGAGGAGGAGAGAGUGAGACACAGAGCGAGAGAGAGAGAGAGAGAGAGAGCGAGCGAGCGAGCGAGCGAGAAGAGAGAAGUGUACUGGUUGUUGCAAGUGACUUGGAGGAAAAGGAGAGCAGCAGCCGGACAGGUAAUCCGCUUCACAUCCUCAAACAGUCGGAGAGUUGACGGGCUCCUUCUCUCGCCGUGUGAUGAGUUUGGAACCUGCGUGCGCGGGCAUUUAAAUGACCCGAUUUGACACACGUGGACAUAUCAGUGGACACGGGAAUAUUGCAGCCUCAGCAGCCAGCAUCAAAAAAGGAGAUUAUUGUGACCGCAAACUGUAAGUAAAAGGGCGCACGAUGUGGACUGAUCGUACUUUGCGCCGCAUAUGAUUUUCGGACUGUGACCAUUUUUCGCCUUUACGCGCAUACAAUUCACCACACAGAGCGCGCAGAGGAGCCUCUUGGUGUACUUAGACCAAAAACAUUUGCGGCUUUUAUUGUUUUCUACUAAUACAAGAAAAGAGCAACUGGCAUCCUGUGCCGCGGUAGAAAAGAAGAGGAGAGGAGAGGAGAGGAGAGAAGAGGAGAGAGGAGAGAGCAUCGUGCACUUGCUGCUUUUCACUGCAGCAGGAGCGAUGUAGGAUGAAGUCUUGCACAUCCCGACACUGAGGGCUUAUUCGCUCCUGAUGAACAUUCCCUAUUUUUUAUAUUAACAUCAGUGAUUUCAUAAUUCUUUUUUUCAAAAAUAAAAAAAAGAAAACACAAGUGGAACAAUGAGGACUACUGGCGCAGUGGACUAUUUGUACUAUUGCAUGCUCAUCCUGCAGCUCGUCAAUCAGCCCGCUGCCAAGCAAGUGCUCCGGUACCGUUUGGCCGAGGAGGGACCCGCGGAUGUCAGAGUGGGGAACGUUGCCACCGACCUGGGCAUCGUCGCUGGGUCUGGAGAGGUGACAUUCACGCUGGAGUCAGGAUCAGAUUUUUUCAAAAUAGACAACAUAACAGGUGAGCUCACCACCAACGAGAGGCGGAUAGACCGCGAGAAACUGCAGCAGUGCCAAAUGAUAUUUGAUGAGAACGAGUGCUUUAUAGAUUUUGAAGUGUCAGUGAUAGGACCUGCCCAGAGCUGGGUCGACCUGUUUGAGGGCAAAGUCAUCAUAUUAGAUAUAAAUGACAACACACCAUCGUUCCCUUCCCCUGUCCUGACACUGUCAGUGGAGGAGAACAGACCCAUUGGAACCCUUUACCUGCUGCCCACAGCCACAGACAGAGACUUUGGCAGAAAUGGAAUAGAGAGAUAUGAGCUGAUCCAGGACAAUGGGGAGACCUCAAGGCGCUUGGGCUCCUCUGGGGAUUCAUACUCAGGGAAGAGGAGGUUUGAUGAAGGUGCAAGUAGGAGCAGCGUAUUCGAGCUGCAAGUUGCCGACACCACUGAUGGAGAGAAACAGCCCCAGCUCAUCAUUAAAGGGGCCCUUGACAGGGAGCAGAGGGACUCUUAUGAGCUCACACUGCGCGUGAGGGAUGGAGGAGAUCCCCCUCGCUCCUCCCAGGCCAUCCUCCGGGUGAUGAUCACUGAUGUGAAUGACAACAGCCCCCGCUUUGAGAAGAGUGUGUACGAAGCGGACCUGCCAGAGAACAGCUCCCCCGGUGCCCCCAUACUCCAGCUCAAAGCAGCGGAUGCAGACGUGGGGGUUAAUGGUCAGAUUGAGUAUGUGUUUGGGGCGGCCACGGAGUCGGUGAGGAGGCUGCUGAGGCUGGACGAGAGCACGGGGUGGCUGAGCGUGUUGCACCGCAUCGACCGUGAAGAAGUGAGCCAACUGAGGUUCACAGUAAUGGCCCGUGACCGCGGCCAGCCACCUAAAAUGGACAAGGCGACAGUGGUGCUGAACAUUAAGGAUGAAAAUGACAAUGUUCCUGCGAUUGAGAUACGGAAAAUCGGACGCAUCUUCUUGAAAGAUGGUAUAGCUAAUGUGGCUGAGGAUGUGGUGGUGGACACACCCAUUGCCUUAGUUCAGGUGUCGGACCGAGACCAGGGGGAAAAUGGCAUAGUGACCUGCACGGUCGUCGGGGAUGUGCCCUUUCAGCUCAAACCUGCAAGUGAAAUGGAGGGCGAGCAGAAUAAAAAGAAAUAUUUCCUCCACACAUCUGCACCGCUGGACUAUGAGGCCACACAGGAAUAUAAUGUGGUCAUUGUGGCCGUGGACUCCGGAAGCCCCAGUCUGGCGAGUAAUAACUCUCUAAUAGUCAAAGUGGGUGACACCAAUGACAACCCUCCUAUCUUUAGCCAGAAUGUUGUCGAGGUGUCAUUUCCAGAAAACAAUGCCCCAGGCGAGAGGGUGACAACAGUGGUGGCUAUUGACGCAGAUAGUGGGAAGAAUGCUGAAAUAGCUUAUUCCCUCGACUCAUCAGUGAAUGGGAUUUUCUCCAUUGAUGCAGACAGCGGAGACAUCCGAGUAAACACCAUUUUGGACAGAGAGCAAACGGAGCGCUACGAAUUCAAAGUGAUAGCCAAAGAUAAGGGCAUAAACACGCUUCAGGGCUCCGCAACAGUGGUCGUCCUCGUGGCCGACAAGAAUGACAAUGAGCCAAAGUUCAUGCAGGAUGUGUUCACCUUCUAUGUCAAAGAGAACCUGGAGCCAAACAGCCCCGUUGGCAUGGUUACAGUGAUUGAUGCAGACAAAGGCCGGAAUGCAGAGAUGAGCCUUUUUAUUGAGGAAGAGGCGGACAUCUUUUCCAUUGAGAAUGACACUGGGACUAUUUUCUCCACGCUGUCUUUUGAUAGAGAGCAGAAAACCACGUACACCUUCCGCGUCAAAGCUGUGGAUGGUGGUGACCCCCCCAGAUCUGCCACUGCCACAGUGUCUCUCUUUGUCAUGGAUGAAAAUGACAAUGCACCAAUGGUGACUUUCCCAAUCAACAGCUCCUACACGCUUCUCAACCCUGCCACUAACAUCGGAACAGUCGUCAGAACUGUCAUUGCCACUGACUCCGACACCGGCAUCAAUGCGGACCUGAACUACAGCGUGAUCGGGGGAAACCCCUUCAAGCUGUUCGAGAUUGAUGGAGGAUCUGGGGUCAUUUCACUGGUGAGGAAGCUGGAGCUGAAGCACUAUGGCCUCCACAGACUAGUGGUGCAGGUGAAUGACAGAGGGCUGCCUUCUCAGAGCACCACGACACUGGUCCACGUGUAUGUCAAUGAGACUCUUUACAAUUCCACAGUUGUGGAGGCCCAGGUGGCUAAGAGCCUGAGCACGUCUCUUAACACAAACAUUGCCGGUGACCCCAACUAUGAUCUCAGCAAACAGCGGUUAAGCAUUGUAAUCGGAGUAGUUUCGGGCAUCAUGACGGUCAUCCUCAUUAUUCUUGUUGUUGUCAUGGCUCGUUAUUGCCGUCCCAAGAAUAAGAAUGGCUACGAGGCCGGCAAGAAGGACCACGAGGACUUCUUUACGCCACAGCAGCACGACAAGUCCAAGAAGCCCAAGAAAGACAGGAAGAAACAGAAAUCAAAACAGCCGCUCUACAGCAGCAUUGUCACCGUUGAGGCCUCCAAACCCAACGGACAGCGCUACGACAGCGUCAACGAGAAGCUGUCGGACAGUCCAGGCAUGGGCCGCUACCGUUCUGUCAACGGAGGGCCGGGGAGCCCAGAUUUGGCACGACACUACAAGUCCAGUUCACCACUCCCGACGGUCCAGCUUCAUCCGCAGUCGCCAACCGCUGGAAAAAAGCACCAGGCAGUUCAGGACCUGCCCCCUGCUAAUACCUUUGUUGGCACCGGAGAUAACAUUUCCCUUGGAUCUGACCACUGCUCUGACUACAGCAGUCAAACUAUCAACAAGUACAACAAACAGCCGUUUCGCCGAGUGACCUUCUCUGUGGUGAGCCAGCCCCAGGACCCUCACCAGCAGGGAUCGCUGCAGAGCUGCUACGACAGCGGCCUGGACGAGUCGGAGACGCCCAGCAGCAAGAGUUCAUCGGGCCCCCGGCUGGGCGCCCUUCCCCUGCCUGAGGACAGCUACGAGAGGACAACGCCGGAUGGCAGUGUCGGUGAGGCAGAGCACAUGGAAAAUGACUCUCGGCCCUUGCCUGACGUAGCCAUGACCGGCAAGUGCACCCGGGAAUGCGACGAGUACGGCCACUCGGACUCCUGCUGGAUGCCUGUGCGCACGUCGCCCGAGCGACGGCCAUCCAAGUCCACCACCACCCCCCAACAACCAAAGCUUUCCACUUUCAUGAGCGGCAACGGCAGCGGCGGCAGCAGCAGCAGCAGCAGUGCCGACCAGCCCGGCAGCCAAGAGACCCUCGCCAUGGCCGCCAUGGCCAACGGAGACCCCACCGCCGCGCACAUGAUGGGCGACCGCAAUCGCAACCUGCUCAACAAGAAGAUGGCCUCCUCCUCCUCCUCCUAUGAGGCCUUUGGCUCGCCUUCCUACGGCUCACCAGGAGGCGGGGAGGAGGUGCUGGGCCACCCCACCGAGGAGAUCCCCCUGGCACCUACCGGGGAGUACAAACCCACAACUUGUGGCACCUUAACGCGGCGUGAGGUGUACCUGUGAGCUGGGAGGGUUAGGCACCCCUGUAUGGCACUAAACUAUACAACACUAAGCGUAGCUGCUUUAACCCACCACCAUUCAGCUCUUGAAGCUUUUAGCCUCCCUUGUUCCGCACAAGGUAGUACCUGAACUUUCUCCAAAGACUUUUACAACAGCUUCUUAUUGAAAAAUGUUUGGAUAGAUAAACAGUACCAUUUCAAGAAAGAAGGGAGCAGGUGGGGGAACUGUUGUGGGCAAUGAUUGGACUUUGGAUAAAGCUGUUCUACCGGUGUGUCGGGCUCUUGGGACACAAUCUGCUGCCUGACAGUCAAUCUGUACAAUAAUCAACCCAUUUUACAUAAUCAGUACAUGCAUGCAUUCCCCCUGUCACCGAUACACCUUGAAGAUGAUACUCUGUAAAAGACACCAUUUCUUUUUUUUUUUUUUCUGUUUAUGUUUUUUUCUAGAAGCAAAGCUGUACAUGUGGAUUAUUUUGACUAUUUACAAGUGUCUGGCUCUACCUAUCUCUAUUUUUAUUUUUCAUUUUUAUUCUGAACAGGCCAGCGCUCUGGCCGUGACACUCUGUGGCUGCGACAAUAUAUCGGACACAAUGGUCUCUCUACCAUCAGCCGUGUUGACUCUUUGUGAUACAAUUUGCUUGGGAGCUGAAGGAGACUUGGCUACAUUUGAAACUUUCAAUGCCUCAGCUUUAAACACUCAACUUUUACGUCGGUCCGCUCUUGGAGUGGAUGGAAUACAUUGGAAUUUGCUGCAACAAACCCUUGGUACAGACUACAUCACCACUGAUAAACUCUGAUGAACACAUGACUGACUCUAUCUUAGUAGUGUGAGCACUUCGCAGGUUAAAAAUCACUCAUUGUACAGAAAUCAUUGGACGCUAAACGCUCUCAUCUCCCUUGUGUCUCGCUACCUUUCCUCAGUCUCUUUGUAAUUCGUCUUUGUUCAGUGACACCGUGACCAAAACCUUCUUUAAGAAAUGCAAGAUCUUAGAGCCAUGACCUGACAUCCCACUGGCUGGAAAAGGAUGUGUGUGUGUGUGUGUGUGUGAGAGAGAGAGAAAGUGUAAGUAUUCCUAUUGCCUCAAUGGGAUCCUAGAGUUUAAAUCAGUGCAAUGGGGUUUCUAUGGUUUUUUUUCCAAACAUAAAUGAGCAGAUAAAGCUUAUUCAUUUAAAUGAGGCCAGUGGCACUGCUGUAUUGACUGAAAACAUUGGGUAAGCACAGUGUGUGGCAUGCAGAGAUUAAAAUUACGGAGGUGCAAUUGAAAAUGUAUGUGUGUAUUGGCCAGAUACGCAGAUUACUGUACAGUAUGUGUGUGUGUACAGGCCAUGUAGAUUUACACAAUAAUAGGCAUAGAAAGUUGGUCCUUAAACAGCUGCAAAAAACAGCUUUUUACUGUAAUGACUUUUUCUUUGUGAUAGACUGAGCAAUAAAUCUAAUGUAUGUGUGACCAACCAGCAUCAACUGCUUUCUCACAUCUUCAAAAAGACGCCAAGCUGACAUUAACCCGACAUUUGGCUGUCGUCGAGUAUCUUUUAGCACUAGUCAUUAAUACGUUCUGUAUUACAUGGCAUCUUUCAGCACGAAUGUAAGAAUCCAGCUCAAUGGAGAACAAUCAAAAUGCAACGCCCUGAAUGCGCGGGAACCAGGAUGUUUUUAGUUUUUAUUUUUAUUUUUAGGCCUGAGGAAAAAAAAAACAAAAAACAAUUAGAGUCGAAUUGAAAUCACAGCUUAGCCAGCAAGAUGAAACAUUCCCCCAUUAACCCAUAGAAUAGCUUUCCGGAAGAACCUUGAUUGAAGUACACAAUUUGUAUUUUGUUUUAAAGGAUGUAUCUUGAAUAAUAAUGUGAUGUACAUCCUCACAGCUCACACAUAAUGACUAUUUACACAUGAUGUUGUGCCUCCUCGUCGACCGUAAUUUUUCUUUCUUGCAGCCACAGAGGUAUAAACUCUCACGAUUGUAAUAAAGCAAAAGAAUAUCUGAUGCAAUGGAACCUUUUUUAAACGUUAGUGUAAACCCCUUUGGUUUAAACAGACCUGCUUUUUUUCAGCAUUCCGGCAGCAGUCUAUAGUCUGUAAGUACUACUCGUUGUUCGACAGAAAAGUGCUCCUAUACUUAUCAACUGUAUACAUGAAUAUUUACUUUUUACUGCACGUUUAAUGGGAACUUACUUCACUUACUGCGAAGGAAAAAGAAAAAAAAAGUAAUACGAAAUGUACAAAAAAAAUCUUAUCGCUGUGAACAUGAAAAUCCACCUUGUUGCUUGCUUUUGUUAUACUUAAAGAAAAAUUAGCCAUUAAUUAGCCAACAUAGUACAGUUAAGACUCCACAUACAGUUGAUUUUUGCUGCCUAAUUUCAUUGUCUCUCAUAAACAUGCAAACCCAAAUCUUUUAAAUGUCUCAUUUAUAUCAUGAAAUUUCAGAGAGUCUUGUUUUUGUUUUGCUUUUUCCUCUUUUGUUACAUACUAACAGUUAAAAUCACGGAAAUGAUCACAACAAUGUACAAUGUGCUUUUACUUUUUCUUUAUCUGAUACCAUUUUGUAUAUUUAGAGUGCUUCUGGAAAAAAAAGGAAAAAAAAAACAUUUCAAAAAACUACGAGUGUGAAUGCAAAUAUGCAAUUGUGCCUUUUUAUACCAAUCGGUAUGAUUAAAUGUCGGUUCUGAACAGUGCAUAAACAAUGACAAUGUGUUCAAAAGUACAUGAGGUGGCGCGUGAGACUGAAGUGCGUUCACAUAUCUUCAAAAUGAAAUCCUGUGAUGUCAAAUGGCUUCUCGGUGGUGAGACCAGUCAAAUGUCAGCGGGCCCAAUAUAUGUCCAAUAUCCAAGUGGAUAACGUGCACUGGGUUCAAUGAUCUUGUUGAAAUAUCCAUUUCCUAGCAUAGUGCAUUUCUGAAUGAGUACAGGUACACUGAAGCGUUGCUUGUUGGUAGUAAUAAUAAUAAUAAUAAUAAUAAUAAUAAUAACGAUAUAAUGGAUUUUCUUUCUUUGUCGUGUUCCAGUCAUGUACAUGUAUGACAUCAGAGGUCAAAGAACCUACUCUGUGCAUGAAAUGAGCUCUAGGACUGAAUAUAGAAGCAUAGGAAGAUAGGUAGGUGGGUGGGAGGGGUUGUUGGACAGGAAAAAAAAAUGCUUGGAGACAUUUGACUGUUCAUAGUUGAGGGAGCCUAGAGAUAAAAAUGCUAAUGUGACAGUUUACUAGGAAGAGUGGAAGUCGAAAAGGAGGGAGAGCAAAGAAAAAAUAUAUGGAAAACACAUAAAUAAAUAAAAAAAAGCUGCAAGGGAGAGUAACCGACAGAGCACACACCUCAGGAUGUGCCGAGCGACACAACACUCACACCCACAGAUUUACAGUAGGCACAGAGUAUAUGCACAUCAGACGAUGAUGAAACACAGUCCAACAAGAAAAGCCGGAUUUGAUGUUUGCGCCGAUAUUGCAACGCAGAGUUUUGGAUUUCCUUGCUCACAUGAAGGACUCUGUUACAUGAACCUCAGACAAAAAGGGUAAUGAAGGACAAUAUGCACAGCAGUUCAGUUGUGAGCUGUGACAGACUCCAAAUGUCUCUUUUCUGGUACUCACUGAGGCAAAUGCGACAGGAAUUUGCACGAUUUUCUGAAUUUUUCUUUUUCCAUUUGACUGACCACAAAGUCGUACACAAACACCGCCAUCAAAAUGCCUGGUAUCCCGUUGCCGCCCAAGGUGUGUGUUCAGUCUGUGCUCGCCUCUAAUUCAUAUAGCAUUCACGGUGUGUAAUGAGAUUUGUAAUAUUAACCAUUAGUUACUUGUCCUGCGACUUGGAUGUUGAUAUAGAUAAAUUGAGGAACAAAAUUUAUCAUCGUUUAAUAUGAGUCACUAUGCACGCAGCUUAGCUGAACAUGGCAAAGUGUAUUGAACGCAAGUCCACUUCUAUUUAUGAGAUAUUUUACAUAAUUUAAUUUUGCUUUUGUACAGGUUUGUGUAAAUAGAUUGCUUGUCAUUUUUGUCUCUGCAGAAAUUAAAAUAUAACAUGUUGAAAACAA